AGCACUUUGUACCACAGGCAGAUAGUGAGAGGGAGAGAGAAAGAAGAGUGUGGCAAGAGAGAGAGAGAGAGAGAGAGAGAGAGAGAGAGAGAGAGAGAGAGAGAGAGAGAGAGAGAGAGAGAGAGAGACGGAGGCAGCAGAGAGAGAGAGAAGAGCAGAAAGUUUGUGUACAAAGAUUUCUUCCCACCCACCCCUCUUCCACCAAACGAAAAAAAAGUAUUGUUUCACCUGAGAGCUUUGGUGAUAAAAGGAAUGAGAGAGCGAGAGUGCUAGAGCUGCUCAGCGCUUUUCAAUACCUCAGAGUUAGAGGAAAGUUAGCAGUUUGCUCUGCUUCAGUUUAGAACUGCAAGCAAUUGGCAGCGCAGCUGUCUCUCCCUGUAGCGGACUGAAAAGGGGCUACUGGCUAAGGAGAAACAACAACACAAAGUUUGACUUAGGAGUUUCUGAAAAAUUAAAAGCAGCUCAGGGUGGAAAAGACUUUCAUACUGGCGUUCUGAGUUAAUGUUUUUCUUUCUUUCCUCCUUUCAUUAAGCCCGUGCUCUGCUGCACUGAGGCAACUCUACCAGAAGAGACAGGGCACCAUGAGUUUUUAAGGAGCAGCACUUUGUUUUUGUUUUAAUUAUUAUUGUUAAUGAGGGCACAGGGCAUGACGAGGGAACUCAAGGGAAGCCUCUGAAGAGCAGCAGCAAGCAAGAUGGGUCUCUUAAGUGUGGACCUGUUGAUCACCCUUCAAAUCCUGCCGGUUUUUUUCUCCAACUGCCUCUUCCUUGCUCUCUAUGACUCGGUGGUCCUCCUAAAGCACAUGGUGCUUCUUCUGAGCCGCUCCAAGGCUGCACAUUGCGAGUGGCGAAGGAUGCUCACGUCGGAGGGGCUGCGCUGCGUCUGGAACAGCUUCCUUCUAGAUGCCUACAAACAGGUGAAACUGGGCGGAGAAGCACCUAACUCCAAUGUGAUCCACAUACCCAAUGGUACCAGUGACAGCAGCAGCAGCAGCAGAUGGAAAAGCUCUGGGGGGAAGUUCGGCACCGAGUGCCACCUAUUAGACUUUGCCAAAUCGGAGCGCCCGCUGGUGGUCAACUUCGGCUCAGCCACCUGACCCCCCUUCACAAACCAGCUGUCAGCCUUUGGCAAGCUGGUGGAAGAGUUCUCCAGUGUGGCUGACUUCCUGUUGGUCUACAUUGAUGAGGCUCACCCAUCAGACGGCUGGGCUGCUCCUGGUAUCUCCUCCUCAUUCGACGUCAAGAAACAUAGGAACCAAGAAGACAGGUGUGCAGCUGCUCACCAGCUUUUGAAGCGGUUCUCCUUGCCGCCUCAGUGUCAGAUAGUGGCAGACUGCAUGGACAACAAUGCAAACGUGGCCUACGGGGUCUCCUUUGAGCGUGUGUGUAUUGUACAAAGACAAAAAAUUGCCUACCUAGGGGGCAAGGGCCCCUUUUUCUACAACCUCCAAGAAGUUCGACUUUGGCUGGAGCAGAACUUCAGGAAAAGAUGAAGUGUCCAGACUUACUAGAGGAAACUACGUUGCACAUAGUGCCCCUUUAAAGCAAUGCGAAAGGGAAAGAAAUUGCACCCUGUUUUGGAUAGGCUUUUUUUUUUGGCCUGUUACUGAACAGCAGGCCAAAUCAUAUGGCCAGAUGAACACAACAGACCAUAAAAGCAAAACGAAACCUGAAUUCCCCGUCAUCUUCCCAAAAGGGAGCUGAGAGAAGCGUUCUGUUUGGGACAGAAAGACUGGUGAGAUGAGAUUCAUGUGCCAUGAGCAGGUGAUCUUUGUGUUGAGGUGUUUGAUGCAGAAGGAGCCAAAAGCAUCGCUUCUAGAACAGUUUGUUGAAAAGGCUAUACCACCACCUGAAGGGGUAUCUCUUUGCCCUCUUGUGUUUGUCCUGCUGAAUUCAAAUGUAGCAAAUUUAGAAAUAGAACUGUUCCUUUUUGAUAGAGAGGGUAUGGCUUUAUAGAUACUGCGAGUUCCAGCAUCUGCUACAAACUGGCUAGUCAGUUGACCUCUUUUUUUGCUGAAAGUAUUGGUGUUCACAACUAGAAAUCUUUCUGCAGUAUUGUACAGCUGCAAUUCAGAAAGCUUUUAAUCUAAACAGGUGAUUUGAUGCUAGCUGGUUUUCAUGCUUUUGAAACAAAGAGUUUCAGCUUAUACAUCCGUGCAUAAGCCCUGCACUGUGGUCUUCAGAUCUUAAGGAGACUUAAAGAUUUCACAGCACCACCCAGCAUGAAAAACACAUAUGCCUGUUUUAAGAUCAUAGGCCAUAUCUCAAAAUCUAACUUCGUGAUAAUGUUGUGGCAAAGCAGUUCACUUUGCACCGGAUCACUUCAGACAACCCAGUUCCACUGGAUUCCCACCACUUAGAGGCAGCACCGGGGUGGGGGGAUGACUUGUUAGUUUGAAUUCACCCCUGGGCUAUUUUGCCUUGCCAAAGCCAACUUACAUAAUGAAAAUGUUCAUUGUGUAAGAUAAGGUGAUAGUCCUGCCAUGCCUGAGCUUGAAUGCAUCCAAGAUAGCUGGCUCAUGUUAUCUGUUUCACACAUCCGAGAGUCACAGUUAUCUUGUGUGAGAAAAAUCUGCUAAGAUAACUCACUUGGGUCUCAGAUCAUCAAAGACAAAGUGUUCUUAUCGUGUCAGCAUAGACCUUGUAUUCUCAUCAGACGAAGAAUUUAGGGAACAGUCACAUGGCAGCAUUUUUUUAAUAUGCAGUUCCACUUGACCACACCCAGUUGGGAGAUCAGAAAAUGUUGCCUUCUGGGAUCCCGCCGAUGAAAAUUCUGCAGCCUCUGCUGAGUCCGCACCAGACUAUUCAGCUGUGUGGACCAGCACAGGCAAAAUAACACUAUCAGGGACAGCAUGUGCUGAUACUGUGUGUCUGAUCUCAUCAUAAAGAGCCACAUAAAUGUGCCCUUAGGAUUGCUAUGUGCUUAACAUUAUGCCUGCACUCAGAUAAUCUCUGAACAGGGAAACUCAUGUGCUCUGUGCUGUCAGAUUAUCUCCAUGUAGGAAAAAUAUUGUGUGUGUGUGUGUGUGUGUGUGUGUGUGUGUGUGUGUGUGUGUGUGUCGUAAUCUUUAGAAAGAGAGUGAGGGAAGAAAAGUAAGGCAGGAGUAAGGCAAGAAAGAAAACACAGGACAGAAACUUCGUUGUGGGAGAGCCAUUACGACAUUUCGGACAUUGGGACCAUUUGUGAAUUCCUGCACCUGGGCUUUCUUGGACUGGGUGUAUGUGUGUUCACAACCUCGCAAGGCCACAUCCUAGAAGCAACCUUGGUUUAACACUAGCUUUGGAUGCAUGGAACUGAGACCAUUUAUUAAUCAAAACAAAAUUGAAAAAUUCCUUCCAGUAGCACCUUAGAGACCAACUAAGUUUGUUAUUGGUAUAGUUGGUCUCUGAGGUGCUACUGAAAGGAAUUUUUUUAUUUAGUUUCGACUAUGGCAGACCAACAUGGCUACCUACCUGUAACUAGAAUUUAUUACGGUAAUCAGUGUGCUUGCUUGCUUUUCUGAAGAGAAACAGCAGCCACAGGAGCAGCUGCAACAACAACAACAACAACAACAACAACAGUACAGUUAGGAUUAGAAGUUGCUGUGUGUUUAGUAGGUGCUCUUUAAAAUAAUAAUAAUUUAUUGCAUUUAGAAGCCAUGAUGCAGAUUGUGUAUUUUUGUGUGCGGGUGAAAAGGAAAGGGGAUAGGGAGGGGGAUACACACCACUUUACCUCAUUGGUAUUGAAACUUUGUCCAUUAGUUAAAUGUGGUUGCGUCGAUAUUCCCCUCCCUUCUGUUCUAGAAGUUUGCAAUUAGUUUUUAAUCAGAUUAGUUCAGUGAAGUUAGUUCAGCAUGAAAGAGGUUUCACCCUCAGGGCUGAUGAAUUGCAGAGCUGCAGAGGGCCAGCUGCCUUCACCCAGCUUCAUUUUCUAAGGAGCUUCCUUGGAAAAUUCAUGUCAGCCUCAUAGGUACUACUUUCCUUCCCCUUCCCCUCCACCACCAUUUCAAGCGUGAUGAAGACUAGAAAUACAAUAGUUGGUAUGAGUUUUUCAGGAAUGGAAGAGGAGGGUAAUGGUUUUGAAAGCUGAGCACAAGCCACCUUAAAACAAAACAAAACAGGGGAAGCAAAGCAAUUUACAUCAUUGGUGGAAACCAUUCACCCAAUACCCAGAAGUGUUCCUUCCUCACCUUCAUUUAUGUUGCCUCCUUAUUUGUAGAUUCAGCCUAUCUUUUGGUUUUGAUGUUGGCCAGUCCAGCUCAUGCACAUGGCAUUUUUAGAACGUGCUUCUCUCCACUGCAGGUAUGCAAACAUGACAGUGUGGUAUGAAUGCUAUCCCCCCCCCCAUUUGUCCUCUUUCAUUCCUUUCCUCCCUUAUGCAGACGCACAGCACUUGGCCACACAAAUACCGAGAGAGGGUUUUGGAGAAGCUGACAGGAUGAAUGAAGUGUGGAAAGCUGGCAGUUGGAAGACGUAGGGAAGGGGCGUGCUCUUGGGGUCGAGGGUAUUGCAUAGAUGUAAGGGCUUGAGGAGGGAAGUAAAGAGGGACCGUGUUAGGGAAGGUGGGCUUCUUUAGCUCGGGGUGAAGAAGAUACUACUGCAAAUAAGGGGGGGGAAUAGACACAGGGACAAUGGUCAAUAUGGAAGGAAUGGAGGUCUGCCCCAAACGUAGCCUAUUGGCAGGUACACGAGGCAGUGGUAUUGUCUACACUUCUGCAUGUCUCAUGCCCAAAAUGACAUGUCCGAGUGGUGUUCUGCUCAAAGCAUUCCUUUUCCCCCCGAGAAAAAUCUGUCUUUAGUGCUAAAUCGGUGCAAACAUCAAUCCAGAGAAAACCCAAUUUUCCAUUUGCUCCGAUUGAGCACUAAAGAGCAGUUUUCCCCAGGGGAAAACAGUGGUUUAAUAGGAAGUAUGGAUGACCCCCCCAUUUCUUAGCUGAUUCUUUUAAAAAACAGCAACAACAAAUCAAGAAAUAAAUAUUAGUACAUAGCCUGAUUCUACCCUUGUGAAGAAUAGUAGCAAUUAUCAGAUUAACUGUGUUCUCAACUAUAUUUAAUCAGAAGUAAGUCCUACUGAUUUCAAUUGACUUACUGUCCAGUGACUGCAUGUGGGAUUGCCACCUAAUUCAUUUUAUCCAGUAUCCUGUUUCAAAUAGCCGUCAGGUUUUAUUAUAGAGGCAAAUUCAAAAAUCCAAUUUAUGGCUUUUUCCAGAACAAUUUAGCAGUGUUCAGUGACUGUUAAUGCUUAUCUUUUAAAACCAUGAUGGAGACACAGUUAAGCACUUUAUGCACUGUGUUAAAGAGGUGCUGUGCAGCACAAUCCUAAAUGGGUUUACCUGGAAGUGAAACCCAUUAGGUUCGAAGGGCCUGAAUCGCCAAAGUCUACAUACUGUAAUGCCAAAGUAAGACCAAAUGUGUUCAAUGGGCCUCACAAGUCAAUGUGCAGCUUGCAGCUGCACCUCUGGAUAUAAUCAGUGUCUUAACAUUUCAAGAAGUUCAUUUAGUGGGCUGUACAAUUCCAAAUAAUUUAUUUGAUCGCAUUCAAAUUUGCUGUCCUAUCAUUUCACAGAAUGUUCCUUUCUCUCAGAGUGUUAAGGAAAAUGAGGCAUUUGGUUCCAUUAUUGUUUCCUUACACAACCACAACCUUGUUGCCUUUUUUUUUUUAAGUCCCUCCAUGUUUUUGAUCUUUUUUAUCCUAUUUUGUUUUUUUUGGCAAAUACUCUGUUUUCAUGCUGGUGAACAUAAAACACAAGUCACUAUUCUGGAUGGUGACAGAAGUUGGUUUGCAUGUUUAUGCUCUUUAUAUUCAUUCAUCAGGCUUUUUUUUAACAUUUCAAAAAAAAUUGUCAAAAAUUCCAAUUCCUUCUCAUUUAUAUGCCUUGGGUAGAAAGAUCGACCAAAGUGUUUUCUUGACAGUUGGAACAUACCUUAAACUCAGAAGAGGGAUUGUGAGUGACUAAACUGUUAUACAGAUUUACAUAUCUAAAGUCACUGCUAUUUUGCAUGGCUAUUUUCUUCCGUUUGGUUUUCCAUUAUUCUGAGGUUUCUUAUGUGUGAAAUGCUUGUUAUUCAUAGAUGUGUGUUCCCCACACAGUGUGAGGAUUAGGAAACUGACUUCUGUCAAAGGAAAAUCCACCAGCUUUAUUUCUUUCCCAACAACACAGAUUUCUGACUCUGUUCAUAAACUUAAUUAUGCCCAUCAACCCAACACAAUAAUCAUGACAGUAUAAAAAAAACUCCACCAGAAAACAACAGACCAAAACCCAGAGGAAAAUACAUUCCCCCCCCCAAAAAAACAACAACAACAAGGAGAAGACUUGUGACUUCAGUCUUGUAAGGGAUAUGAUUUUGCUAUUGUUCUUGAAAGAAAAGAAAAAAUAGAUUUAAGGUUUUUAGAUUUUGUGAGCAGCAUCUCACCAUUACCGGUAAUGAUAAAAAUAUUGUUGAUGUUAGGCCACCCACUGAAAAUAUCAGCACCUACUCUUCGAUCAGCAGGACUUAAAAACAUAAAAUUAGACUAUUAGGCUUCAGGUAUAAUAAUGAAAAUGUUUCUAAAAGGAUAUAUUUUGAUAUUAAUUGCCCAAAUACAAUACAAUACAAUACAAUAUGAUACAAUACAAUACAAUAAUGGCUUUUGUUGGAAGCAGGAUACUGGUAUAUAGAUGGAUUUGUCACUUUUCAAUUCAUGAUGCUCCCAAGUUACAAGAACCCACCAAAAAGUCUAUGUGGCCACUCUGUACCAGCAGUAGGAUGUAAUUCUUGCAUAUGUAUUAUAAAUCAUGUUUGUCUCUGAUAGUAGUUUGCACAGCCAUGUUCCAGAUGGGGAAUUAGGCAGAAGCAGUGAGUUGGCAUAUUAAGGAAUAAGAUAACAGAUGGAACCCUACCACAGAAUACACUGAGCUGGAUCAACGUAAACAAGCCAGUGUGGUUAACUAGUCCUAAAAUUCGCAAAAGGAAGAACAUAGUGUUUGAUCUAACUUGCAGCAUGGGAAGCCAAUCCUUUUAUGCCUCACAUCUUGAGUUUAUGUGUGGACUUGUGAAGAAAAAGGGCCUCACACAACCAUCACAUAAGAAAAGCAGUCCCAUGCUUCUCUUUUACAGAUGCAAAUCACAUGUCAGUGAAUCAAACCCAGUGCUGUUUUUUAAUAUAUACUGUAGGGUGAUUGAGAAAGCUUAAGGUGAGCUCACUUAAAUGAAAGGGACUGAGGCUGAGUAUUCGGUUGAGAUCAUAACUGGUAUUCUUUGUGUGGCCUUUUGUGUUGCUGGAUGAUGGAUUGAGAUCUUGACAACCUGCAUUCAAUAAUAUAACCAAAGCAAUAAAAGAUGUAUCAGGCAGUGAAUACUGGCCAGUUAUUUUCAACUCCACACCAUGUCAGUUCAGGACUCAUAUUGACCAAACUUUGGCUGGACCUAAGACUUGGUUUGCAAGGAUGGGAGAAGAGGGUGAAGUAGAGAUGUUGGUGUCUCCAUGAAGACCACUGACAAAAGAGUGUCUCACUCAGUUGGUGUUCGGAUGCUUCUGCACUUUCAUUUCUCUUUGCCUCUCUGUUUCUGCCUUCAGAAGUAGGGAUGUAUUUGAUAUCCAUUUAAUAUGAGUCCUGAGUCAACAUAGUGAGGAAAUCACUUGUUUGUGUGUAUGCAUGUAUCCUUGUUUAGAUGUCACAAAUACACUCUGUAGAAGAAUCAGCAAAAACAUGUUACAAUAUUGGUGCUGUGUGGACCAUGUACUUUAUAGAACUGUGUUUUCCACCUUGUAUUUUAAUAAAAGUGAAAGAAGAAGAAGACUCCUUUUUUCUGUUGUGGGUACAUGACACAGGUCCUAGUAGAACUCCAGGACCCUGAAGUGGUGAAAAGCCAUUUUAAACUGCCUUUGGAGAGGCUUGAUCACCAGUGAUUUAGGAGAACUAUGAAAGCAAUACAUUCAAUCUGUGAAUGAAAUAGUAAGUAAAAUAAUUGGAUGAGGCACAGGCAACACAAAGUUAAACACCAGGAUUGGGGGGGGGGGGUGUAGGACUUGGGAGUUCUGGUCUUCUUCAAGACAAAAUGGAAUGAAUUAAAUGGAGGAAGAGUGUCCUUCCCAUUAUAUUGAAGUGGCAAUGAUUCCUAGCUUCUGCUGUCGCCAUCAUGUCUGGCUGUCCAGAUGCUUGGGUGAGAAGAUGCAUCACCCACUAGUAACUAAAACAUCUGGCCUUGGUUGUGAAAUAGCAUGAAUCUGGGGUCACCAUAGGUCUUUUGAGCAGGAACUGGAAUGUGCAAAGCAGCCAGAGCAUUUAAGCCCAGGGAGUUGACAUUUUACGCUAUUAAACUCUUGAACAGGAUUGGGGAACCUGUGACCCUCCAGAUGUUGGGCUUCAAUACCCAUCACCCCUGACUGUUGGCCAUGCUGAUUGUGGCUGAAGGAGUCCAGCAACAUCUGGAGUUACCCAUCUCUGCCUCAGAGCCCUUAAGGGAGUCACCACAACUGCCUUUAAAUGAAAUCUUACGUUUAACUUUAUAUUCAUGUUUGCUUAUUGUCAGCCAGUUUUCUGGGAAGCCAGUUACCAGGUACAAAGCUGGGCUAUAAAUGCUUAAAAUAGAUAAAUAUAGCCUAUUGCGACAUUGUACAAACAAAAUGACUUUUGAACCUGAUUCCAAAGAGUGGAAUAUUUGAGAGCUGUUGUACUCGGGUCCUGCUUGCGGGUUUCCCACAGGCAUCUAUCUGGCUGGCCACUGACAAAACAGGAAGCUGGACUAGCAUACCUCCCAACACUUCUCUGAUGAAAAUAGGGAUGUCCUAUUAAAUAAUAAUAAUACUCCACCCAUCUGACUCUGGGCGGCUUCCAACAGAUAUAGGGUGGUACCUCGGUUUAUGAACACAAUUGGUUCCGGAAGUCUGUUCAUGAACUGAAGCGUUCAUAAACUGAAGCGAACUUUCCCAUUGAAAGUAAUGGAAAGUGGAUUAAUCCGUUCCAGACGGGUCCGCGGAGUACUCAACCUGAAGCGUACUUAACCCGAAGCAAGGGUGUAAUUGGUUCCCAAAGUCUGUUCAUAAACUGAAGUGUUCAUAAACUGAAGCAAACUUUCCCAUUGAAAGUAAUGGAAAGUGAAUUAAUCCGUUCCAGAUGGGUCCGCGGCGUUCGUAAACCAAAAAUUCGUAAACCGAGGUGUUCAUAAACCGAGGUUCCACUGUAAUAAUAAAACAAUAAACAUUAUACAGGGCUGCCUUCAGAUGUCUUCUAAAGAUUGUAUAGUUACUUAUCUCCUUGGCUCAGGGGUCACAUAACUCCAUACCCUCCAAGAGUUCUCCGAUGAAAAUAGGGAUGUCCUUAGGAAAAGUGGGACAUUCUGGGAUCAAAUCAGAAACUAGGAUGACUUCUCUAAAUCUGGGACUGUCCCUGGAAAAUGGGGACACUUGGAGGGUCUGGUAACUAGAUGGUACAUUGGCCUGAUUCAGCGGGGCUUUACUUAAGUUCUUAUGAUUCACAUAACAUCAGCAAAAUGACAAGUGUGUGUUUUGAAUGCUGAAGCUCCUAUGUUUAAUCCUCAACAUCUCCAGGUAGGGCUCAGAAAGUCUGCAACACUGGGACUCCACUGCCAAUCAGUACAGACAAUGGCCUGGUUCAAUAUAAGGCAAUUUCCUACUUCCCAGACAUGAAUGGCACCAGUCAUUAAAAUACUUCUAUAAGAAAUAAAUUCAUCAUUCGUUAACAGCUGACCAAUUAGUGAUAGCAUAGAAACGGAAAUUUACCAAAUCACCUACAGAAAAGGAUUGGUAUCUAUCUAUAUCUCUAUCUAUCACCAUAAAUUAGGGCUCAAAAUGAGAGGUGGAAAUCUGAUCACUUUACGAAAGACCAGUGGGUAAUAAUCGCAUACUGUAUUUGGAAAUGGGAGUAUCUCAAAUGAGCCAAAUGAGUACAAAACUAAUUUUUGUAUGAAUUGCUUUCUGUUUCCACUGUAUGCCCAGAGAACUAAAAUAAAUGUGAGCAAUAGGGAGGAGAAAGAAGGUAAAUGUAAUUGUAAGUGUACUUAUUAUCUUUUAAUUAUUUGUAGGGAGGGAACGGGAGUCCUGUGUUGUGUGUUUUGUGUAAUUGGUUACCAAAAAAAAAUCAAUAAGACAAAGUGUUCCACAGAUAAAUAAAUGACAAAAGUACCAAAUAAAGAAUGGUGGGGUGGGGGAGAGAAAUCUUGUCCAUCUAAGG